CCACAGAAUAUUACUGGCUGUGACUAGAUAGAGCCAAAACAUCACCUUUGCUGAGAGUCACCACCUUUCCUUAAAACUGCUCUACCAAUGCCUUCCUUACGCACUUCUCAAUACUUGGUCUCCAUAAAGGUUUUCUAUCGAGAAUACAAGUAAGUCCUACGUAUUGCAUCUUAUCAACAAGUUGAGGACGUGAGUAUUCGAAUAACGGGGAAAGAAACGUCUGGGAUUUUAUACCUCCUGGUAAAUGAAUCUUAUUAUGUUUUACUUGGGUUGACGUCUAAGUCGCUUCUAUUCGUCCCGUUGUAUACCACUUUGAGGUACCUUUCGGUAAGCAAAAGUUAGUUCACAGGAUGGAAAUCUGAAAAGUCUGCGAAAAAUAUGUUGUUUAUAGAUAUUCCCCUGCAUUAUUCUGGAAUUUUCAUUUUCACUGUAAAAAAGAAAGAUAUCAAACAUGCCGCGGGUAGAACUUUUCGACAAAUUGGUUGAAGUUAUUAAAGUCUAGCAACGUCUACUUCGCCGUGCUAGUUUGAAAUAAAUAACUCGUUCGUAGUGGAGCUUUCUUUACUUUCCCACUUGACUCAUUUAAAGUUGAACAGCAACUUUUCAUCUCCACAAUAAGCAAGGCAUACAAAAUUGCCGCUACUUUUCGAAACGGAAACGGAAGUACUUGGUAACGGCUUAAGUAAAUGGUAUGGGAAUAAAUGAAGGCGCGAAAGCGAGAGCGGAGUGGUCGAAGAACACACAUGUACAACUGUCUGCCAUGGUGAAUAAUGUUGUGCUUUGCAAACAGCUGGUAGCAAAGCAACGCUGCCGCCAAGAAAAGCCGGUUCAACAAAGUUGGAUCGAUACUAAAGCCGCCAGUAUAAAAUACUUACUCUACCUACUAAAGAGGCUUUUAAAUAUUUAUUCGAAAGAGAUAGUUAAUUUCAACAAUGCCACCGAAGAAAAAGCUCUCGAAGAAGGAGAAAGCGCGCCUGGAGGCCGAACAAGCCGAACUCUUGCGUAUCGAAAUGGAGAAAGAGAGACAAAGAAAACUGGAAGAAGAGCGCCAGCGAAGACAAAUCGAGUUCGAACAAGCUAAGCGCCGUCAAAAGGAAGAAAUACAAGAGAACAAAAGACGACGUGCCCAGCUGCGCAACAGCAUGGGCUUCUUCAAAGAGGUACGCGAAGUAACAACCGGCAUCAAGGCGCUGGAGCAGGAGGAACGUGAUUGGGAGCGAUUUAUGCGCUGCAAUGGACUGCCCAACGCCAACAGCCCCAGCGAUUUGCGUCGCUACAUACACCAAUGGCGCAGCGAUAUGGAGCGACGUGAGCGUGCCUCACGCAACUGGCUAUUGAACACCAACGAACGCACGCUGCUCACGCAAGAUCUCGACGCGCCGGAUUUAUCGCGAAAGAGCUUGCGUCAGCGCCAAGGCAAUGCGGGCGAUGUGUAUGCGCAACGUAUACGUGAAGUGUUGGGGAUACUCGCAGAGCUCGAUGAGGCGCUGCUGGAUAAAAAGAAGCCACCGCAUAUCAUUGCCGAUCUGAUUUGUCUCAAAAUGGAAAUACGCGUGCUCUUGAGCGAACAUCUGGAUGAGUUUACUUAUAAAACAAUGUCGCACAUAGAUCGUGAUAUGGAGAAUGAUCGUCCAGGUGUAUUUACACAUAUAUAUGUGUCUGAUGUCUUCAAGAGCCACAUUUGGACAUUUUCAAAGGAUGCUCAGAUUUCCGUAAAUCCGAAAGGCCGUAUUGGUGAACAGGUUACUAGCAAUGACAUCGAAUUUCCUGCCUUAACAUUACAAAUCGCGCUGCCGAUCUCUGUGGAGUUACAGAGCUCUGCAAUGCGUGGACUUUGGUUGGACUAUGAUCACUUUAGUGACUAUUGUGACAGCUUCAAAGCAAGAAGAGCACUACCCGAACAUAUAAAUAUGCUACGUUAUACCAAACGAGAGUGGACUAAGCGCAAAGAUAUUCUACAAAAUAUGCUCGAGGACUGCACUAAGGACAGUCCACUUUCCACCGGUGCAGCAGAUCAAGACUCAAGUUCAAUUAUUGCCAAACGUGAGCGCAGCUUUGACGUGGAUAAAAUCUAUGCUGAAUAUGAAGAGGAGCUCAAUAAAGCACGACGACGUGCCAUUGGACCGGAGAGUUACAGACUGGCCGAAACCGAUGUGAACUUGCGUAAAUAUCGCAUUAUAGGUGGGGUAUAUCGCAUUGAUUACUUAGAGACGCCGCAGCAAGAUAAGCGGCUUAAUGAGCGCUCUUUUAUAAGAACCAUAAUCGCACCAGACCACUUGAGUCAUAAGAUAUUUUACGAAAACUACAAGCCACCGCCGCCACCACAGCCCGGUGUACGACGUUUGCCCGAGGAAAUUGAAGCGGAGAUGCGCAUGGUUGAAGCAGCACUCGACAAAUUGGCAUUGGUCAGCUUAGACUUGCCCGACUCUGUCAUUUGGUUCGAACCGCCCAUUGUUUGUCGCUGGGAGACCAACUUUGAAACGUUGGAGUCAAAUUUGACGGAUGGUGCGAAACCACCACUCGGCAAUGCCGCCAACACCACCGCCACACCUACCGAAGCCACACCACUGUCGACCACAACCAAUGCCAGUCCACUUAAGGGUUCGCCACGUUUCCCCGCUAAGCUACGUAAACGCAGCUCACAGAAAUCAACAAUCGAAACGGAAUGUCUGUCAACAGUGGCUGCUGUGCGUGAGGUGACCGACUUUGACCUAUUCAACAUACCGCGUGGCAUCGAUAUUUACAGUUUGUUGCAAGAUUUCGUUGUGCCACGUCUGCCACCGAGCUUCUGUCUGCGUUGGGAGAAAUCAACACCGGUGUUGAGUAGCAAAGUGUUGGCGCGUCAACAACGUAAACAGAAGAAGCGGCGACAACGUGAGAGCCCUGCACAGCGUUUGAUUAUGUUGGCACGGCAUCGAAGUGUCAACAGAGCAGACGAAGCUGCCAAUGAUUCAAAGGCAAAGACGAGGACAAGUGGUGGACGUAAGAGCACACUUCAAGUGCGUCAAGAAUAUAUCACAAAUGAGUUUCUAGACUGGGAUGAGCCGCGUGAGCUUUUCCCGGAAAUGGAAAUAAAAAAGUUGAUCAAAUUUAAAGAGCACACAAACGAUAAGCGCUCGUUGGGUUUGAGUAGUGAAGAGGUAAAGCAAAAUCAGGUGGCAAACGGCGUCAAUCAGGAUAAGCUCCAAAAGCAUGCGAAUACAAAAAAUGGUGUUGAAACAAAACGCGUGAGCCUGAAUGGAGUUUGUGCACGAAAUGGUACAACAACUGGCAUUGGAAAUGGCAAAACUAAUGGGCACAGCAAUGGUUCAACCAGUAAGGAGCAAGAGGUACCUAGCGCAAAAACUGGUAAUGGUCAGGCAAACGGUAAUGGUGGCGCAGUUAAUGAUAACAGUUCUAGACGGAGUUCUGACGAGGCCGCUGAGACAGCGUCGCAAAAAAUGGAAGUGGUAGCUGCGCGGAAAACUUACAUGUUCUCGAAGUUGUUGGAGGAUUUGGAUCAACUUGCCGAACUGCAGCUGCCGCUACAAACGGAUGCGCUGAAAAGAAUUUCGGCUAAUCUGACCUCGCCACCCGCAAACGGCUCGGCAGAAUUACGUGAUGCCGCAGCCGGCGAUACAGCAGCUGGUAAUGGCCAAGAGGCUGAACGGUUGGCGGAAGCUAUGCAACCCGCUUUCAACUACUAUCCGGGCUUUUCGUUUCUACGUGAUUUGGAUGCGAAAAAUGGCGUCGGCGAUAAUAAUAAAGACGAAAGGGCCGAACUGGCAGACGACGAGGAUGAGGAUGAAGAAAGCAGCACUGAUGAAUAUGAUGAUGAAGAUGCCUACGACGGCGACGGUUGGGAUGAUGAAGCGCUUCUUGAGAACUUUGAAGCUAGUGCGCGUAAGGAUGCGUCGCCUUCGGCUGUAGCGAAUUUGAAUUCACUGCUCAAUGGAGAUGCCAAAACUUUGGGUAGUAUCAACGGCGCGGGUGGCGGCACAGCGUCAGGCGGUCUACAGCAAAUGCUCGCCAAACAUCACCAGAGUGAAAGUGACAGCAGUGAUGGCAAAAAAUGCAAAUCGUCAAAUCUAAUCGCACUCACACAAGGCAAGUGGAGCACACGCGACGUCCACGAUACCAAAUUUAAUGAGGAGAAGCUUUCGCUACAAUUUCGCACAGGACGCCUGGGUAUAUUUGGGCUGGCGAUGAAUCGCUACAGCAAUAUGCCGUAUCAGACGUGGGAAAUAAAACCCGAUUUUAAAAGUCCCGGCACGAUUUUCUUCGGCUUUACCGCCUCCAUUAUUAGUCUUGAUAUGAACAUCACCUCUGUCGGCUAUUGCGUUAAUAAUUUUCAAGGCGGCAGCACUCCAGCCAUCAAUGAAAUGCUUGGCAAGACACUAUCACUAGCCGAACUCAAGUCUAUACUCAUCGCAGCAGCAGUUGAUAUUUUUCCAGAGCCAGAUACAUUUUGUUACACCGAAGGUACUUGCGAGAAGAAUUUUGUGAUGGAAAUGCAUCUGUAUGCUUGUAUAUCAACGCUGGUGCAGUCGCACAACUUCAGUUGGUCACGUUGGAAUCUUUUGGCCGGCAGCCGCACGAUUGUAUUGCUCAUGCGCGAACUAAUCGAGGGCAAGAAAGUGCCCUAUCACUCAACAUUGCUGGUGACUCCUUUGAAGACCGCCAUAAUAGACUGUACUGAGGUCUCACCGAGCUUCAAUUCAGCUGGCAUCGCUGGCAUGGAAUACUAUGCCGAUCUUUAUCAGCUGUCACAGGUUUAUGCGCUCCCCAGCAGUCUUGAGAAGCAGCGAAAUAUGGAUCCGAUGUUGCGUGAAAAUGUGGCGCGUAUUUUAAUGGCUAUCAGACCGUUGAGCUUUUGUUGAAGAAAGUGAUUCUUCAAAGCAUUUUUGUAUUUAAAUAUUUUUAUACAGUUUUUGAUAUAAAGUUGUAACUACUCGAGAAAGUAAAAAAAUUAA